AUGUUCAAGGUGAAGGAGCUGCUGCUAACGCCCGAAUUGUUCGAGAAUCCAAUCUUUCGCAUACACCUGCGCUGCUUUCAAUUGUACGGCUAUGUGGCAAGUGAGGAGCAGCGGCAGCCAGGGCUGGCAUUAGUGCGCUGCUGCGUCUUUACCGCAUCGAUUUGGCUGAGCUGUGCACUGAUGUUUACGCGCAACGUGCUCGCCCUCAGCUAUGAGCAGCUCAGCGACGGCGCCACCAACUGGGCCACAGCGGUGCAGUACUUUGCCGUCUCCAUAGCCACAAUGAAUGCGUUUGCGCAACGAGAGCGUGUGGUGGUCAUGCUGCGUGGCGCGCACGCCGAUUUGCAGCGCUUGAUGCUGCAGGCGGACGCACAGGAGCUGGAGCUGCUGCUGAGCACGCAGCGCUAUGUGCGCAGCAUCACUUUGCUGCUGUGGGUGCCGUCGGUGGUGGCCGGGCUUUUGGCCUGGCUGGACUGCAUUUAUCGCACCAUAUUCUUGCCGCAGACUGUCUUCAAUUCGGCGGCGGUGCGGCGCGGCGAGGCGCAGCCCAUUUUGCUCUAUAAGCUGUAUCCGUUUGGCCAGCUGUGCGAUAAUUUUAUAAUUGGCUACUUGGGUCCCUGGUACGCGCUUUUCCUGGGCGUUAGCACAAUUCCACUUUGGCAUACCUUCGUCUCCUGCCUGAUGAAGUAUGUGACGUUCAAGCAGCAGUUGCUCAACAGGCGAGUGCGUCAAAUGAAUGUGCAACGUCUGACGAGUCGUCGCAUCAAGCCCGCCGAGCUCAACUAUUGGCGCUUGAAACUCUGCGCCACGUUCGUGGAGGAGCAGCAGCAAAUCCGCUCGUUUGUGCAUCAGAUUCAGCAGCUUAUAUGUGUCCCGGUUAUGGCCGACUUUAUAAUAUUUUCAGUGCUCAUGUGCUUUCUGCUCUUUGCCUUGAUGAUGGGCAUGCCCAGCAAAAUAGAUUAUUUCUUUAUAUUUAUCUAUCUAUUUGUUAUGGCAGGAAUCUUAUGGCUUUAUCACUGGCAUGCUACUCUCAUAGUUGAAUGUCAAAAUGAAUUGCAGUUUGCCAUCUAUGAUUGCAAUUGGUAUACCUUUGGCCUGCCAGUGCAGAAGAUGCUGCAGUUCAUCAUGAUGGAUGCCCAGCGACCUUUGGUGAUGCGUGCACUGCUCGUGGAUUUGAAUCUGCGCACAUUUCUAGACAUAAUGCGUGGCGCUUACAGUUACUUCAAUAUCUUGCGUAGCACACAAAAGUACUAGAGCUGCUUGACUGUUGUUGCCGUUGCGCUUGUCAACUCGUUUGGCUAACAUGACAGCUAACAUGGCUGGCAAUUCAUUUGCCGCGCCAACGCAAAAAGUAGAAAAAUCGCAAUAGAAAGACAGCAUGCUAAACCAUUUUACAGCGCAAAUAAACGUGAUGCCUGCUACUCAAAAGCCAAUGGCAGUAACAACCCAACAUCAUUUAUCACUUUUCAAACGCAGC